GCUUGUUGAUGGACCAGCGGAGUAAAGGAUCGUGGUUAGAAUGGGACAGAGUACAUCAGGGCAACAGUCCCAAGAUCCUCCAGAGCAGGACAGCUUUGGGAACAUUAAGACAUUUGUGGAGGAUCAGCUCCAAACCAGCAUGAUGGUUGGCAUCGUCAUUGGCGCUGGCAUCGCCAUUGUGCUGAUUGCCAUCCUCAUCUUCUUUGUGCUGAGGAAGAUUCAGCUCCGAAACCUUGAAGCCCAAGAAGCCCCCAAAUACCGCUUCCGCAAAAGAGACAAAGUUUUAUUCUAUGGACGCAAAAUCAUGCGGAAGGUAUCCCAGUCUACCUCUUCACUAGUAGGCACCACGUCCUCAUCGCGUCCACGCCUCAAAAAGAAACAGAAGAUGCUGAAUAUUGCCAAAAAGAUCUUGCGCUUUAAGAAGGAGGUGCCCACACUGCAGAUGAAGGAACCUCCUCCCUCAGUGCUGGAAGCUGAUCUCACAGAGUUUGAUGUUGCCAACUCUCACCUGCCCUCAGAGGUUCUCUACAUGCUCAAAAACGUCCGUGUGCUGGGACACUUUGAGAAGCCGUUGUUCCUGGAGCUGUGUAAGCACAUGGUGUUUCUGCAGUUCCAGCAGGGAGAGUAUGUUUUCCGACCAGGACAGCCUGACAGCAGCAUCUACGUGGUACAGGACGGGAAACUGGAGCUGUGUCUCACUGGACAGGAUGGUAAGGACGGUGUGGUGAAAGAAGUUUACCCUGGAGACAGUGUACACAGUCUUCUGAGCAUCCUGGAUGUCAUCACCGGGCACCAGCGGGCGUAUCGGACCGUGUCGGCCAGGGCCGCGGAGGUGUCCACGGUCCUGCGGCUGCCCGUGGAAGCCUUCCUGUCCAUCUUUGAGAAGUACCCUGAGAGCCUGGUGCGCGUGGUGCAGAUCAUUAUGGUUCGACUACAGAGAGUGACUGUACUGGCUUUACACAACUAUUUAGGUCUCACCAACGAACUCUUCUGCCAUGAGAUGCAGCCCCUGCGUCUGCCCCCGGUCUCCUCCCCCCACCCCACACGCACCAGCCCCGUACGGCACAGCAAACGCUUCGGCAGCCUCACGGUCCCCGAGGAGCACAGGGAGAACGCCGUCAAAGGAGGAGACGCCACAGGAGGGGAUCAUGGGAAGGAUGGGGCCACGGUGCCGACCCUCAGUCGUGCCAUAUCAAUGCCCGUGGACAUUGCUGGCAUACAGAAAGGUUUGCGGUCAGACUUUGACAUGGCUUAUGAGAGAGGUCGGAUCUCUGUGUCAGCAGAAGACAACACCCCGACACCCCCCACAUUCACACGGUCUGUGUCUCAGGACCAACGGGAGAGGAAGUCAGUCACGGUUGAGGAGGUGCCAUCAGGGGUGUAUUUGUACCCAGAGGAGGACAGUGGAGGACUGGAGAACCUCUACGCUCCGUCGCCAGGGCGAGCCAACGCCUCUCUGUUCGAGGAGGCGCAGAAAGAGAUCCUCAAACUCAUGAGGAUUGAGGAUCCAGCUCUGUUAAACGGGAGGGUGACCCUACACCACGCUAAAGCCGGAGCAGUACUGGCCAGACAAGGCGAUCAGGACGUGAGUCUGCACUUUGUGCUGUCUGGCUGUCUGCACGUGUACCAGCGGAUGAUUGACAAGCAGGAGGACGUGUGUCUGUUUGUGACCCAGCCCGGUGAGAUGGUGGGACAGCUGGCGGUGCUGACCGGAGAGCCGCUCAUUUUCACCGUCAAAGCUCUCCGAGACUGCACCUUCCUCAAGAUCUCCAAGUCCGACUUCUACGAGAUAAUGCGAGAACAGCCCAGUGUUGUGUUGAGUGCGGCUCACACGGUGGCCAUACGGAUGUCCCCGUUCGUCAGACAGAUGGACUUUGCCAUUGACUGGAUGGCGGUGGAGGCUGGUCGUGCUCUUUACAGGCAGGACGAUCAGUCAGACUGCACUUACAUCGUGCUGAACGGCCGUCUGCGUUCGGUCAUCAGGAAGGCCAACGGGAAGAAGGAACUGGUUGGGGAGUACGGUCGGGGAGACCUCAUCGGAGUGGUGGAGGCUUUGACCCGACAGCCACGGGCCACCACAGUACAUGCUGUCAGAGACACAGAGUUGGUGAAGCUUCCAGAAGGAACACUCAACAAUAUCAAGAGGAGAUACCCUCAGGUUGUGACACGCUUAAUUCAUUUGUUGGGUCAGAAGAUUCUUGGAAACCUUCAGCAGACCCGUGGACCUUUUGCUAGUUCAGCUCUUGGUCUGCCCACCAUGGCGUCCAGCCCUGACGUGACCAACCCUGCCAGUAACCUCUCCACCGUGGCCGUGCUGCCCGUGUGCGACGAAGUGCCAAUCAACGCCUUCAACCUGGAGCUUAGCCACGCCCUCAGUGCCAUAGGACCAACUCUCCUGCUGACCAGCGACAUCAUUCGAGAGAGACUCGGAGCCUCUGCUCUGGACAGUAUUCAUGAGUAUCGGUUGUCUGGCUGGCUGGCCCAGCAGGAAGACAUAAACCGUAUCGUCCUGUACCAGACAGACAGCACCAUGACCCCAUGGACUCAACGCUGUAUCAGACAGGCCGACUGCAUCCUCAUCGUCGGCCUGGGAGACCAGGAGCCCACUCUCGGCCAGCUGGAGCAGAUGUUGGAGAACACGGCGGUUCGGGCUCUGAAACAGCUGGUUCUGCUGCACCGCGAGGACGGCCCGGGCCCGUCCAGAACCGUGGAGUGGCUGAACAUGCGGAGCUGGUGCUCCGGUCACCUCCAUCUCAGAUGCCCCAGACGGGUCUUCUCUCGACGCGGCCCCACCAAACUGAGGGAGGUCUAUGAGAAGGUCUUUGAGAAGACUGCGGACAGACACAGUGAUUUUUCUCGGCUGGCCCGAGUGUUAACUGGAAACAGCAUUGCCCUGGUGCUGGGUGGGGGAGGGGCCAGAGGCUGCUCACAUGUAGGCGUGAUCAAAGCCAUGGAGGAGGCAGGGAUUCCCAUCGACAUAGUGGGCGGGACUUCCAUCGGUUCCUUUAUAGGUGCGCUGUAUGCUGAGGAGAGAAGUGCUGUUCGAGUGAAACAGCGAGCACGGGAGUGGGCCAAGGCAAUGAACUCUGUGUUUAAAACCGUCUUGGAUCUGACCUAUCCCAUCACCUCCAUGUUCUCUGGCUCCGCCUUCAACACCAGCAUCUCCAAAGUGUUUGAGGAUAAACAGAUUGAGGACCUUUGGCUGCCCUACUUCAAUGUUACCACUGACAUCACAGCCUCUGCCAUGCGGGUACAUAAAGACGGCUCUCUGUGGCGCUAUGUGCGGGCGAGCAUGACCCUCUCAGGGUACCUGCCGCCCCUCUGCGACCCCAAAGACGGCAACUUACUGAUGGACGGUGGCUACAUCAACAACCUCCCAGCGGACAUCGCCCGAAACAUGGGCACCAAGACGGUCAUCGCCAUCGACGUGGGUAGCCAGGAUGAGACUGACCUCUGUAACUAUGGCGACAGCCUCUCUGGCUGGUGGCUGCUGUGGAAACGGAUUAACCCCUGGGCAGAGAAAGUGAAAGUGCCUGACAUGGCUGAGAUCCAGUCCCGGCUGGCCUACGUUUCAUGUGUGCGACAGCUGGAACUGGUCAAAAAGAGCGCGUACUGCGAGUACAUCCGUCCGCCCAUCGACCGAUUCAAGACCAUGGACUUCGGCAAGUUCGACGAGAUCUAUGACGUGGGCUAUCAACACGGCAAGGUGUUGUUUGACGGCUGGGCUCGUGGAGAGAUCAUAGAUAUGAUGCUUAAAGACCAUCGCUCAGCAGACUACAAUGACGGCAAGAAGACAGAUACGUGCACGUGUCCUGGUGCAGACUUUACUGAUCUGGCUGAGAUCGUGUCCCGUAUUGAGCCUGUACAGAGUUACCUGGCUGCAGAUGAAGGCGAGUCAGACUGUCUGACGGAGUAUGAAGAGGAUGGCAUGGACACAGUAAGAGAAGAGGAAGGUGAGGAAGAGGAGUAUGAGCCAGACGAACCUGAAGAUCACUCACCUGGAGACUGGGCACCUAACGGUGUCUUUCAGACGGACGAGGAGAAAUCCGUGCGUCAGAGGAAGAACAUUCCCAGCGACUCAAACACAUGCUCCGAGGUUUCAGACUGCUGACAGGAGUCAAAGGUCGGGGGUCAAAGGUCAACGAACUAAGGAAAGGGAUUCGACUCCCGGCUCACACUUCGAAGGCUGAAGCCGGGGUACUCGAAAACACAGGAGCACCAAAGACACCGUAGCGACGCGGCCCGACAGAGGAGUGUCCCGAGCCCCUGCGUUGGUCGCCUGUCCUUUUUGACUUCUCGCAAGACGGCAGAGCAGCAACCUAACCCCAGGCGCACCCCACUCUGCCAGUUAGGGGGUUCACUACCCCAAAAUUCAUUGGGGUGCAGCACCCCCUGCACGACACAGUGCCCCAAAGAGCAGGAGGUCUACCUCUUUCCCACCCCAUCCAAAAGACUACGGAGCGAUGACACUGGAGCUAGACUUCAGUGAUGGCCAGUAAAAUCACAAACUGUAAAAUCCGCACAUUUUCA